AUGGAAUGCGGCAACAUGGGCGUGUUUGACCGCGGAGUUCAGAUGCUACUGACCACUGUCGGUGCGUUCGCCGCCUUCAGUCUCAUGACCAUCGCAGUAGGCACGGACUACUGGCUCUACUCGCGCGGCGUGUGCAAAGUCAAAUCGGUCAGCGAGAACGAGACCAGUAAGAAGAACGAGGAGGUGAUGACCCACUCGGGCCUGUGGAGGACGUGUUGCUUGGAAGGAAACUUUAAAGGAUUGUGUAAACAGAUAGAUCAUUUUCCAGAGGACACAGACUACGAAGCGGAUCCCUCAGAAUACUUCUUACGUGCGGUACGAGCGUCCAGCAUCUUCCCCAUCCUCAGUGUGAUCCUACUCUUUAUGGGUGGCCUGUGUAUAGCCGCCAGCGAGUUCUACAAGUCACGCCACAACAUCAUUCUCAGCUCCGGCAUCCUCUUCGUGUCUGCAGGCCUCAGCAACAUUAUCGGCAUCAUCGUUUACAUAUCCGCCAACGCGGGGGACCCCUCUAAAAGCGACAGCAAGAAGAACAGCUACUCGUACGGCUGGUCGUUCUACUUCGGCGCGCUGUCCUUCAUCAUGGCUGAGAUGGUGGGCGUGCUGGCCGUGCACAUGUUCAUCGACCGGCACCGGGAGCUGCGGGUGGGCACGCUCGGCGCCGCCGACUACCUCCAGGGCUCGGCCAUCACGCGCAUCCCCAGCUACCGCUACCGAUACCGCCGCCGCUCCUCCCGCUCGUCCUCCCGCUCCACGGACCCCUCGCACCCCUCGCGCGACACCUCGCCCGUGGGUCUCAAGGGCUUCGGGGCGCUGCCCUCCACCGACAUCUCCAUGUACACGCUAACCAGAGGAGGUGACACCCUCAAGGCCUCCCACGGGACGCCCACCGCCACCUACAACUCCGAGAGAGACAUCAACUUCCUGCAGGUCCACAACUGUGUCCCGAAGGACAAAGACUCGGCCAACGCUGCCAACCGACGCACCACGCCCGUAUGA